ACCAAUUCAAACCCAAGCCUCAUGGACUGCUCCACACAAAAUCCAAUUUAUGGACAUGAUUUUCCAUGUGCCACACUGUUCCACGAAGAAGACGCGUGAUGACUGACCACUGUUAAGUGCCAUUCUCCAAGGGGCAUAAGCUUGCUCUCAUCAGUAGGGGCACCAACCAAAGCAAAAGCAAUGGCACCUCACCUCCCAUGGCGCUUUCUCCAGUUCUUGCUACUGCUGCUGCUGGGGGUUUCAUCUGCUGCUCAAGCACAGGUGAACAUCACCCUGGGCUCCUCCUUGACGCCCCAGGGGCCAAACAGCUCAUGGCUCUCACCUUCCGGAGACUUCGCGUUCGGUUUCCAGCCAGUGGAAGGUAACACCUCCUCGUACCUCCUUGCCGUCUGGUUCGACAAGAUCCCUGAAAAGACUGUCGCUUGGUAUGCCAAGAGCAGUCAAGAUACACCGGUGCAAGUGCCAUCCAGCUCUGUGCUGCGGCUCACGGCUGAUGGGUUGCUCUCGCUUCGCAACCCAUCUGACGGUGAGGUCUGGAGUCCCCGGGUCCCUGGUGCGGCCUACGCCAGAAUGCUCGACACAGGUGACUUCAGGCUUUUCGGUGCAGAUGGCAAAGCAAAGUGGGAGACCUUUGAUGUCCCGGCUGAUACCAUCCUGCCCACACAAGUGCUUCUUGUGGGUCAGCAGGACAAGGUACUUAGAAGCCGUCUCAUCGCUACGGACUACGCCAAUGGCCGGUUUCUCCUAGCUGUGCAAUCAGAUGGUAAUCUUGUAUUCUAUCCAAUUGCCGAGCCUACCACAAAACGGUACGAUGCAUACUGGGCAUCCAAUACAGUUGGGAACGGCUCACGGUUGGUGUUCAAUGAAACUGGCAGGAUAUACUUCACAACGACAAAUGGGACACAGGUCAAUAUCACUUCAGCAGGGGGGGUCUCAAUGGGUGAUUUCUUCAAUCGUGCCAUGCUUGACCCAGACGGUGUAUUUCGGCAAUAUCUCUACCCAAAGAGCAGAAAGGCCAGAAGUGUAUGGAGCUUGCAAUGGACGGCGGUGAGCUCGAUUCCCCAGAACAUCUGCCAGGCGAUAAAGGAAACAAAUGCUGGCAGUGGGGCAUGCGGCUUCAACAGUUACUGCAGCUUCGAUGGCACCCAGAAUCAGACAACAGUAUGCCAAUGCCCAGAACAUUACGAGUUCUUCGACAAGGAGAGAAAAUACAAAGGUUGCAGGCCAGACUUUGAACCACAAAGCUGUUACCUGGAUGAGGCAGCAGCGGUGGCCAAGUUUGAGAUGACUCCCAUCAAUGGUGUUGACUGGCCUCUAGCCGACUAUGAGGAGUACAGCCCCAUAGAUGAGAAUGAAUGCCGGACACUCUGUGUGAUUGAUUGCUUCUGUGCCACAGCCGUCUUCCGUGCAAGCACAAAUACCUGCUGGAAGAAAAAGCUCCCUUUAUCAAAUGGGAAUAUGGCGGCAGAUGUAGACAGGACAGUUCUUAUCAAGGUGCCGAGGAGUAACAAUUCAGAGUCCCAGCUUAGCAGCGGCUCCACCAAAUGGAAGGAAGACAAGAAGUACUGGAUUCUUGGGAGUUCCUUGUUUUUUGGGGGUUCUGUAUUGGUAAACAUUCUCCUUGGCAGUAUUCUGCUCUUCGGCACUUACUGCGGUAUCUCCACAACCUCCAAGAAGAAACUUAUGUCAUCGCAAUCAUCGAGUAGUUCUAUAUUGCCCCCAAAGAUUUUCACUUACAAUGAGCUGGAGAAGGCAACUAGUGAUUUCCGUGAGGUGCUUGGCAGUGGUGCCUCUGGUACCGUGUACAAAGGACAGCUGCAAGAUGAGCAUGCGACCAGCAUCGCCGUCAAGAAAAUUGGAAAGCUCCAGCAAGAGACUGAGAAGGAGUUCAUGGUGGAAGUGCAAACCAUCGGGCAGACAUUUCACAAGAACUUGGUCAGGCUUCUUGGUUUCUGCAAUGAGGGAACUGACAGACUGCUUGUAUAUGAGUUCAUGACCAAUGGCUCGCUGAACGAGUUCCUCUUUGGUGAUGCUCGGCCGCAUUGGAGCCUCCGUGUGCAAGUUGCACUUGGAGUGGCACGAGGGCUGCUCUACUUGCACGAGGAGUGCAGCACACAGAUUAUCCACUGCGACAUAAAACCACAGAACAUCCUUCUCGACGACAACUUUAUGGCAAAGAUUGCAGACUUUGGCCUGGCGAAGCUUCUUCGAGCCAAUCAGACACAAACAUACACCGGCAUCCGGGGUACUCGAGGUUACCUUGCCCCAGAGUGGUUCAAGAACAUAGGGAUCACUUCCAAAGUUGAUGUUUACAGCUUUGGGGUGAUCCUGCUGGAGCUUGUAUGCUGCAGGAGGAAUGUGGAGCUAGAGAUCGCCGAUGAAGAACGUUCGAUACUGACUUACUGGGCAAACGAUUGUUACAGAUGUGGGAGGAUCGACUUGCUGGUGGAAGGUGACGAUGAGGCAAACUUCAACAUCAAAAAGGCAGAGCGAUUCGUGGCUGUCGCCCUUUGGUGCCUCCAGGAGGAGCCGACUAUGAGGCCAACCAUGCUUAAAGUGACACAAAUGCUUGAUGGAGCAGUGCAGAUCCCCACGCCUCCGGAUCCCUCUUCCUUCAUCAGUUCACUUCCGUAGUGCCUGCUUGUUAAUAAAUAAGUGUAGCAUGAAGCAAGACUAUGCAAUACACGGGUAAUAUGAUACUGUUUUCAUUUGAAGCUUCAGAAUUAAUGGUAAAUAUAGUAUUCAGGAACCUAUGUUUAGCUGAACAAUAGCAUCACAGAUGCAUCUGUAUCUUUUCUUUUUUUGCGACACAUCUGUAUCCUCUUUUCAUUAUGCAUAUGUAUAUCUAUUUAUUUGCUUA